AUGGCGUGUGAUGCCAUAUACAAGCUAGGUGCUCCGAUCAAGGGUGUUGCAGCAGAGCAUCUCUUGAAGGAUUUCUCACUUGUACCAACCCUUAAUACCUUCAUCAAGUGGCUUGGGUCUCUAGGCCUAGAUUUCUUUCCCAUCCUUGUAGUUGAUCUAUUGCACAAGUUCGAGCUCGGAGUGUUCAAAUCUGUCUUCAAGCAUCUUUUAAGGCUGCUUUAUGCUAUUGAUCAUGAAUCAGUAAUGUUACUGAACGAACGUUUUUUCUCAAUUGCAUCAUUCAGAAAAGGUGCUAUUUGA